AUUGAACCCCUUCAGGGUAGGGCUUGGGUUUCGCUGACGCUCCACCGACACGCCGAUAUUCAUUUGACCACCAGCUUCGCCAUUCUCCACCUCUAAUCAUCCCUUUCGUACUCUACCACAUAAUGUCGACCUUCCUGGACUCUCCAACUCCCUCCAACACACCACAUGUAAUCUCUUUCCAUGAAAAUACCCCAAAGAACAACAUGACAAAUCUGUCUUGCGCAACCAUUUUAAACUCUUUCAAAGCCCCUAAAGCAUAUCUCAUGACUGAGGAUCCAUCGCCAAACAUGUACUCGAAGCGGAUUAUUGAUUCGAAUCAACCUUCGUGUACAUCGACUACCAAUCUUCAGUUGCGACAGUCGAAUCACACCCUUCACGAAACGCUUCAGAACAUCCAAGAUGAACUUGCAGCUCACCGAACAAUCAUGCUUGACGUCCAAUCGCGGGUGUCACAUCUUGAGCUUGCCUCUUCAAUUGACAACCAGACUGAUACGCCACCGAAUUCGCGGGAUAUGCAGAUAUUCCAACAUGCUCGGGGCAGGUGCGCAAACAACGCAACACGCGAGAGCCUGGCAUGGUGGGAAGCAUGCAAAACCUUUGCGCACAACUGCGACUCCCCUUUUGACGCAAACGACUUCCUAAAGACGCCCAAACGCUUUUCAGGCUUUGAUUUCAACCUUACCGGGUUGAAGACGAAGCCGCACACACCGACUGUCACGCCUGAAGUAGACGACGUGCCAGGUCUCAGCCCAGCCUCAGACAGAGACGAGCAGUCUGACACCGAAACGCACGACGGGCUCAACCAUGCGUUCAACGAAACACUCUCCAUGCCAUAUCCUAGGCUUUGGAACAAGAAAGAAGGCGGUAACAUCGUCGAGCGCGUUAUCGAAUUCGACAGAGUCAAAAUACCCAUGCCUCCAGUCCUCCAGUCCCCACCACGAAGUGUACGUAGCAAGUCAGCGUCUGUAGUCAGCGUGGAUGCCGAUUUAACUGCAUUACCUGAUCUACCUCCUUCUCCGCCUGCACUACCGGCCGUGGAGACAGCACAGCGCAACCACAAAGGGAUCAAGAGUCUUUUCGCUUCUAAAGCUUUGUUUAAGAACAGGUCGACGGGGAAAGAUUUUCAUCCACUUCCAUCGCAAGUCAAGUCUACCGAAAACAAUCAGUAG